AUCAUGGUGAACAGGUGCCCGAGCAGGAGGAGAAGCAAGGAUGCCCCGCGCCCGGCCGCCUGGUCCUCGCCCGGCCGCCUGGUCCUCGCCGACCUCCGAGGCCGCGCCCGCGCGAAGCGCCGCCUCCGCCGGGAGAGGACGACGACGGUGCCAUGGAGCUCCUUCCCCACAACCACGCAUUGGUAGAGGAGCUCCGUCUCCGUCAUCGUAUCUGGACGUUGAUCUGGCAGCAGCCACAGCCUUGGAGUUCUCCUCGAGCGCCCGAAACACUAGCCCACCUCCACCCAUGGCGACCCCCUCUCUUUCACCUCCACCCAUGGCAACCCUGCUGUGGGAGAUCUCAAGUCUCCUCCCCAACAACAAGAAUAGGAACAGGAGCCUCUUCUCGACCAGGAUAUGAAUCCCUCCUCCCUUUCUCUUCUCCCUUGGUAUUCUCGCCAUCUGAUUUGUGCGAUCUGUGCAGUUGCCGAUCUCUUCUGGUUGCUUGUGUGAAAGGGUUUAAUUUGGCCCCCCCCUGUUUUCUACCAAGGAAGAGCCGGGUGUCACUGCCAUAUUGCCGACCCGCACCUGACGUUGCAAAGCGCUUCCAUAGUGAAGAAAGAAAGUGCAAACAUCGCCAUGCAAAGGACUAUUUGUAAAAAAAGGAGUUAAAUAUAUAUAACCCCCUGAACUCCCAGAUUUGGAGUACAUCACCCCUGCACUCAAUUUUGGCUCACUUAACCCCCUAAAUCUGCACAAACCGGGCAAAGCACCCCCUGACGAGUGACGACUCUCCUUGUGGUUUGGGACGGCUGUUUUGCGGACAUGGAAAGGGGCCGGUGCCAUGUAUGCUUGGACCUUGUAUAAUCUUAUAAAUAUGAUGGAUAUUGUUGUUUUGUA